AUCUGCUUGCCUGUCGCCGGGGACGUCGAGGCCCGAGGGUCCCAGCCGGCCGAUCCCGCCGCCGCGCUUCGCCCCGCCGUAGGGACAGAAGCCAGUCAAGUUUGCCUGACAUCCAUCAGCCAGGCCCUGGUCACCUGGUCUCAGCCCAGCUUUGCCCGUCUUGCCGUGUGAAUCUUGGCUCCCGGCCUGGCCCACAGCCAUGGCCACGAUGGUGGCCCAGAAGCUCAGCCAUCUGCUGCCCGCUCUGCGGCAGGCCCACCGGGAGCCGCAGCCCUCCGGGCGGCCAGAGCCCGUGUUCACGGUGGCCCGAGCCGAGGUGCCGCCCCUCUUCUGGAAGCCGUACAUCUACGUGGGCUACCGGCCGCUGCACCAGACGUGGCGCUUCUACUUCCGCACGCUCUUCCAGCAGCACAACGAGGCGGUGAACGUCUGGACCCACCUGCUGGCAGCGCUGGUGCUGCUGCUGCGGCUGGCCAUCUUUGUGGGGACCGUGGACUUCUGGGGAGACCCCCACGCCCUGCCCCUCUUCAUCAUUGUCCUUGCCUCCUUCACCUACCUCUCCCUCAGCGCCCUGGCUCAUCUCCUGCAGGCCAAGUCCGAGUUCUGGCACUACAGCUUCUUCUUCCUGGACUACGUGGGCGUGGCCGUGUACCAGUUUGGCAGCGCCCUGGCACACUUCUACUACGCCAUCGAGCCUGCCUGGCACGCGCGAGUGCAGGCCGUCUUCCUGCCCACGGCUGCCUUUCUCGCCUGGCUGUCUUGCACCGGCUCCUGCUACAACAAGUAUAGCCAGAAGCCCGGCCUGCUGGGCCGCACCUGCCAGGAGGUGCCGUCGGCGCUGGCCUACGCGCUGGACAUCAGCCCUGUGGCGCACCGCAUCCUGGUGUCCCCCGAGCCGACCGCCGAUGACCCGGCCCUUCUCUACCACAAGUGCCAGGUGGUCUUCUUCCUGCUGGCCGCCGCUUUCUUCUCAGCCUUCAUGCCCGAGCGCUGGUUUCCUGGCAGCUGCCACCUCUUUGGGCAGGGCCACCAGCUCUUCCACGUGUUCUUGGUGCUGUGCACGCUGGCUCAGCUGGAGGCUGUGGCCCUGGACUACGAGGCCCGGCGGCCCAUCUACGAGCCUCUGCACACCCGCUGGCCCCACAACUUCUCCGGCCUCUUCCUGCUCACCGUGGGCAGCAGUGUGCUGACGGCAUUCAUCCUGAGCCGGCUGGUGCGGCGCAAACUCGACCAGAAGACCCAGUGAAGGGCUGGGGGCGGGGUGGGGUGGGGUGGCGGCUGGUAAGGGAGGGAGGUAGAGUGGGAGCCCCGGGGUCCGGGCUUGGCUCCAGAGGGGAACAAGGCCUGGUAAAGUUGUUUGUGUCUGGCCUGUGGUGACUUUCUGUGCACGCCUCAGCUGCCAAAGGCGGUACUGGCCAGUCCCUGGAUUUGGGGAUUGGCCAGGAGCUGCUGGAUUGGCCAGGAGCUGCUGGGGUCCACUCCUGGGCCUGCCCCAGCCCCCUGCCCUGGGAGAGGAAAAGAGAUAAAGAUGCGGGCCGCCGACCAGGCUUGCCUCUCCCCAUUGCCUCUCACUAGGGGUGAGGAUCGGGGGUCAGCGGGGGCCAGGACCCUGGUUGGGAGCUUCCAGAUUAUCUGGGAGGGGGUGAAAGUAGACUUUAGGCCAGGGGCAGAAGAGGCCUCAGCAACCCCCUGCCCCCCGCCAGAUUUCACUGGUGGAUAGGGAAGGGGCAGGCCCCAAAUGUAUGUACCAUCCCUUGAGUUCUAGCCUGGAGUUUUGGAGUUCCACAGUCUCCAAAAGUAGAAGAUUGUGCUAGGGAGAAAUGGAUCCCACCCAGUGCCCAUACCCCCUCAGUCACCGUCCCACACAGUGAGCCCCAGCCUUUCUAGCUCUGGCCUCUGUGACUCACACAUCCUGUUCCCAGCCUCUCUCCUGGUUUCCUUGCCCAUGAUUCAGUUAUCCAUUUCAGUGUUUCCUGGGCCUCUGCUCAGAGGCAGGCUACCAGCUGAGUCCUGUGGAUCAAUGCAGGAUGAGAGCUUUAAUAUGGGAAUGACCUGUCAGGGGAAGCACCAAGGAGGAAUAAUGCUGCCUGCGACCCUCACGGUCUUGGGUUGGGAAGGGUGAAUAGGAGUUUGCAGAUGAAGAAGGGCGUUCCAGGCAGAGGGAAAAGCCUGUACAAAGGCCAAAGAUGUACUGAAGGGAGUUCAGCGGCACUGGAAGUGGGGGUGGUCUGGACUCCGAUAUGUCCUGGAUGCAAUAAAGGACUGUUAAGAGCA